AUGCCAACGAUAACAAAAAAACUUUCAAAUUCAUCGAAUUUACCCAUCGAAUGUUGGCAAGAGAUAUUGAAACAUGUACCGGUUGAAGAUGUGAAAACGUUAUGGUCAUGCCUAAUGGUGAAUAGAUCAAUGUGUAAAAUCGUUACCCCAAUAUUAUGGAGUAAUCCUUUUCAUCACCUGCAAAAAGGUUCAAGACGUAAACAACCUUCACGAAGAAAGAAAGACGAAGAGAUUAAAUUGAAAGUUGAUCAAAAGAAUUUAAUUAACGUGUACAUUUCUUGCAUGGAGAAAACUUCGAUUAAAAUCCUUCAUGAUCAUGAAAUUCGGAUCAAAAGGAAAUCGCACCUGGCCCUCACAACAUUUGACUACCCAAGCUUCUUGCGUGAACUGCGAUAUGAUAUUAUAUGUGAAUCUAGCUCAUCUUGGCUUUGGCCAGAACAACUAUUACAACUAGAAGGUAUGACGGAAUUAGGCAUCCUUGAACGGAUAAGGGAGUAUCGAAAAUUACUUCUCACGAGAGAACUUUGUAAAAUGUUUAUAAAGAAAAGUCCUUUAAUAACAACCCUCACGUUAUCAUAUUACGUACCAUUUUCCGAUAAAUCUUUUAAGCCUCCAGAGGAUUACUUUUUGAUUAAUAAAUUUCCCGGAGCGAAUAUUUCUUUAAAGAAUCUAAAGAGAUUUAAAUGUAGCCUAUUGAUCGAUCAAUGGAAGGAGAUUUCCAAGGAUUUAACAAGGAUUUGUGGAAAGAAUGGAGGUUUAGAAUCCUUGGAAUUAAAAUGUAUUGGGGAACCAAGUGUGGAAUGGGUUGAUGAUAAAAGCUUUAUUAACGUCUGUGAGUUAAUAAAGCAACAAAAAUCACUUCAACACGUUAAAUUGAAUUGUUGCGGAAAAUAUUGUAACAUGGCCAAAGUUGUUUCGACAUUAUCAACGCACACGGAUCAUAUCAAAUCAUUAGAAUUUAUUCAUUUAAAAUUUAAUUCUCAUUCUCAUGGGAUUUCAACAACAUUUACCAAUUGUUCCGAUUCACCACUUCAUUUUAUUUCAGAAUGUAAAGGAUUAAACUCGUUAAUAUUUAAGGAUUGUGAUGAAUUGGAUUAUAAAGUUUUCGCGGCGAAAAAUGUCCCAUGGUUUGAUCAUUUAACUAAAUUGGUUUUUGAAGAUACGAGCAUCUCACCAUUUGACAUUUCAAGGAUUAUUUCUUCGUGUCACAAACUACAUGAAUUAUCUUGUGAUUUGGGUGAAGAUUUCGGUUACCUACCGGAGUUUGCAUUAAAUUUGCCUUUAUCGUUAAAACAUCUUAGUAUAGAUGCGAUCGAAAUUGAUGUAGAGAUUUUACAAAGUUUUUUGGAAAAUAUUAAGGCCUCAUUGGAAAGUCUCAAAUUUCCAGCGUGGAUAUGCAGGAGCUUUACUGAUCAACAUCUAUACAUCAUUUGCGACGAAUUAAAGAAUUCUCUUAAAAGGUUAGAUUUAGAUUUAAUGGCGCCGGAAAAUCAACAGCAUGGCGUUUCUCUUGAAGCCAUUCAAUACGCGAGACGAAAGAUUACGUCGGUUAAUAUUGAAUGCUACUUUAGUUAUGAUUCGUGGUGA